AUGUCUCUUCAUAAAAUCUCCAGUCUUCUAGAACAAAAUGAAUCUAUAAUCAAUGUUAAUCUUUAUUCUGACCAGCUAAAGUCUAUUCUUGACCAAAUUGUUGAUAUGGUUUCCCAUCAAGAACAGCAAAUAAACAAUCUUGAAAAUGUCGUUAAGACAAAAGCUGAGAUACAUGAUAUUGAAAAAAUAAACAAUUCACUAUCUACAUUCAAUGAAGCUUUUGUUCGUGAUUUAAUUGAUAAAUCUUCUUCAAAAAUUUCAGAAUCAAUCGAGAAUUUAAAUAAAUACAUUUCAGAAACUAUAGAAACCAAAAAUAACGCAACAAAUGUCGAAAUAAAGAAACUAGAAACUACUUUUACUGAGAGAUUUAUUACAAAUGAACAAAAUUUAGGAAUUCAAGGUCAAAGAAUUAACGAUUUAUCAAAAAAUUCGCGAUACAUAUUUGAUAAAAUAGAUGAAUACCAAAAUAAUUUCACUACAAUUGAACAAAGACUUAAAAAAUUGGAAGAUAAAUCAGAAGAUGCAUUAAUAAAACGUAUUGACGGUUUAGAACUCAUCAUUGAGAAUAUCAAACAGAAGACAGAAGCAGACAUCAAACAAAUCGACGGAAAAAUUACAGAAGCUUUAAAUCAAAUUUCAGCCGACAGAACAUUGAAUGACAAUAAAAUGAAAGACUUAGGAGAAAAGAUAAUCGAUAUACAAGGUAAAAUAGCAGCAGAUAGUUUAAUACAAUUAGAAUUAAAAGAUCCUUUAGAUGCUUCAAUGAUUAUUCACACUAUACAACGGAAUGAUCGACGUGUUGACUUACUAAACCAAUCUUUCAUUGCUACUCAAAACGCUUGUGACGAUCAAUCGAAAUUUUUCAAUGGAAUUCAUAGAUGCUUAAUAGACUUAUCGAAAGAGGUUGCUUUACUUAAUAACGAUCUUAACCUAACGAAAGAACAAAUACCAAGCUGUUUAAAGAACUCAAUUCACGAUAUUCUGAAAUUAAAAUCUAAAAUUGACGCUUUUUUGGAGACUUCUAAUGCUUCGUUUAAAGCAACAGCUACAGCACUCAAUGACCUUAACGAUCGCCUUGUAGAAACAGAAGAACUGACAAAAAAUAAGUCAACAACAAAAAUGGGCUUCACAGACAUCAUAAAUUCAUUAGGAAGAGCCGGAUCUGGCUUUCAAAAACUUAUUGACGAUCAAACAAAAUUUUUGGCAAAGUCAAGUGACAUAACUCUUGAACCAACUGAGAAACAUACGAUUUCAAUACCAACACUGAACAUAGGGAAGGAGGUAGAAGUCGAAACCGAUGACAGAGCUGCUUUUGAAAUAGAAAUGAACCAAAAAUUUUCAGAUUUAGUUUCAAGAUUAGAGACAGAAGUAUCUCAAACUAAUGAAUUUAAGAAGGAAAUAACAACUCUUAUGGAUAAGAAAGCUGAUUUGUCUACAAUUGAUAGAAUUCUUGAAAAAAUGAAAAGUUCAAUAAAUCAAAUGAAGGAAAAACUGAAUCACAUUAACACAAAACAGCCAGUUCAGAUACAACCAGACACAGAACCUGAAAGCUACUUAAGAUCAAAGAAAUUAAAGUCUUAUACUGCUCAUACUUCUCAAUCAGCUCUUGGAAAGCCGCUUCCACCAUUACCAACCAGUGCACAGGCUUAUGACAUAAUUUAUAAAUAA